CGAGUAUUUCGAGCGAUGCAUUUUUCGCCACGGCUCGCGUGCUCCGUUCUAACGCCGCGCCGCGUCCCGUCCAUCGUCAACCGGGGCCGGUGGGGAGGGCGUCGCGUCUUCGCGUACCGUUUCUGGGCGCCCGCCGACGACUAUAAAACGUACCACCAUCGCUCCUUCGGCGACACAGACACGCUUCGUGUGGUUGAGUGUGCAUAUCAGUGCGUUCCCCCUUUGACUUUUACGCCGCCGUUUCCCGGACCAUCGAGAGCCGCACCGACCCCGUCCGAACUACACACACACAUCGCGAUCAGAAUGAAGGUGCUCCUAUUAUUGGGCUUGGUCGUAGCCACGGUCUGGGCGUACCCGGUGGCAGACUCCGAAGGUAGCACCUCGACGGUAGUGGUAGACUAUUCGGCGGUGGCGAAAAACUCCGAAUCGCACGAGCACAUCAACCAGGACUCCGCUGAAUCGAGCGAAACAUCCGCGUCCUCCGAAGAAAAGGUGGAGGAGCCCAAGACCGAAGCGGUGAAGGACGAGAAGGAACACGAUGAGGUGAAGCCUGUCUCUAGCGAGGAGAGUAAUGAAAGCAAUGAGAAACCCAUCGUUGAGGUGAAACCCGAUCAGGUGCCUGCUGUUCUCCUGGACGAAGUGGUUCCCACUCUACCGAAGGAACCCAAGUUAGAAGAUGCCCCACAGAAGAGUCCAGAGGUUCCCCUGGAAGAACCUGUUGAAGUUCCCGAGGCACCCGUAGCUCUACCGACUGUAAAUGCUGACGCUACGAAUAGAAAAGAAGCAAAAGCAGAAGACGAGCCCCUGAAACCCGAAGAAACCAAGCAGACUGAACAAGACGCACCGGUCGUUGUUCCCACUUUGCCAAUUGCCGAAGAAGACAUCAAAUUGGAAGCGAGCGAAGUAGCUCCAGUAGAAGAACCUAAAGCAGAUGCCCCCAAAGGAGUAACCGAUGAAUUGGUGAUGCCGGUAGUACCAGAAGUGCCAAUUGCGCAAGACGCCGUCCCUGAAAUUCCCGCCGUGCUUCCAGAACUCCCGCUAGUCGUCGUACCAGAAGCUAUCCCAGCAGCCGAUCCAAUUGUACCUGAAGCACCUCUUGUCGAGCCAGAAAAGAAAGAGAGGAAAGAAGAUGCCAUCCCCGUGGAACCACUCCCUCAACAGGAACCCGCUGUCGAAUUGCCUGCCCCUGAAGUGCCCGCCGAAACUCCUCUCACCACCGAAGUGAAAGAAGAAGUACCACUUCCACUCCCUGCCUCUGAUCUGCCCGCCGAACCACUGCCCUCGCUAACAGUACCACUCCCAGUCGUACCCGCGCCAAUCACGACAGUCGAAAGCCAACCAGAGGUAACACUCGUGCUCCAAGAGGAGCCACUUCAAGUUCCCAUCGCCGCCGCCGCGGAACUGCCCGCUCCACUCACGCCCGAGGUAAUUGUCCCCGCGGCACCCGAGGAGCCCCUAUUGACUGUCGUCCAAGCCGAUCCCGCUCCAGUCCCACAGGCCGUCGAGGUACCCACCCUCGAACAAAACCAGGUAGUGCUGGACAAGGAGGUGUCCGAAGUACAAGACGUGCAAGAAACCAAGGUGGAAGCGGUGCCCGCACCCGCGGUUGUCAUCCCCGAAGCGCCCACGCUCGCCGCCGACGAACCUGCUAAGCUGGAGGAGCCGUCCGUCAUCGCCCCCGCCCCCAUCGCCACAGCCGCCGAGCCCGAAGUACCGAAAGACUUAAAUCAGGCGACUCAUUGAGGCAGUCGGCUGCGUUCGCAUCUCAAAUUCAUUCUCAUUCAUUUUGAUCACACACUGACUAACACAACAAGGUACAACAGACGAUAGUAAGUACAGCCGCAAGAGACGCGCAAACCACGUAAACAAAACGCAAAAAAAAAAACAACUAAUAAAUACAUAAAUGCUUGGAGAAAGAAAACAAAAGAAAAAUGACGAUGGUACAAGUAAAUAUUUGCUCGCGUCUUUUAGCGUCCGGCGCUCGUCUCGCGAAUUUCAACUCGGUUCAUCACAUUGGUUGCUGGCAAAACGCAUGGCGUCGGUACGGUACGGGUCGUUGAAAUUUCGAGAUGACCACCCGCUAAGAGACUCGCAAUAUACACCCACUAAGUGCUCAAUAACAUUCUGACUUCCAUGGACAUCUCACAGGUGUCACUUUGUUUCUUUUAGUUAACAGUUAAUUGUAUUUUAGUAAGAUUUUUACUUUUACUGGUUUAUAAUGUUUAUGAAUUCCGUCAAUCAUUUUUACUGCAAUCAGGCGGAUCUUUUUUUUACAUUAAUUAAUUACGAGUGCAGUCAUCAAUAAUGUUCGAGUUGCGUUUAAUUUUUGUAUUAAGCAUAUUAAUUAAGUCAUCCAGAGUCGGAACGAAGAAGGAAAACGGGCGAAAUUGCAUUCGUUUUUUUAGUUUACUGUACUACUAGUAUUAAUUAAUUGAUUAAUUAUUAACUAUUGUAUUGAUGUCUUUACGAUUUUAUAUAAAAAGAUAUUUUCAAAAAAAAAAAGCGCACUGGUUUCUGACUCUACAUCCAUUUUCUCAAUUUCAUAUUAAACAGUCAUGCAUGAAAUGCAAAAAUUUGAUCAACAAAAGUAAUGUUAGUAAUGCAUGAGCUCAAGGCAAGGACCUUAACAAGGUAGGUAAAUUGUUUAUUUGUGCGUCAUAUUAGCGCACCGCAUCAUUCACACCUCGAUGACUUUCAUAAUGAUAGAUUCCUGCAUGCCGCCGUAAACAACUUAACGACAAUAAUUACCCCGGCGGAUUUUCGCGAUACAAACAAGGGGGGUCAAGAAACUUGAGAGGCUUGCAUCUUACCUGCCCGGUCAACAUUCGGCAAGCGACGACCCCCAUCGACCACCAAUCCACCGCAUGCCCAUACGGCUGGCCCGACCAAAUCUCUGGCGCUGCAACAAAACAAACUUACCUUUAAUGCGCGCUUCGUGGUCGUUAUCAUUAUAAAUAUGUAAUCAGCUAUGCAUUUGUUGGUUUAUUGUAAUCGUAAAUUUACAAUAAUCGGAAUUCGUCUCGAAUCACAACAACGUUCAACCUAUAUUUAUAUAAUACACAAUUUAUACUUUUUCUGCAUAUCUCUUUGUGUGUUUAGAUUUAGAUUUAGCGUUAUUAUAUAUUCAUUGUAUCACGUUACGAUAAUUAAGUGCUCCGAGUUCACAAAAACUAGAUCUACGAAUUCUGAGAUGUCCGUCCAUCUAUUCGACUUGUACAUAUAUUACAUAUUGGAUGCCAUACAGUACAAAACACGUUUUUUGAUUCUCGGCAUGUGCUGCGCCGCCCGCAAAUGUACGCAUGUUGUGUAUGUGUAGCUGUCUGCUGAGUGCGCUCUAAGAUAAUAAAAAUAACUUCCACUAA